AUGCGGUCGGGGUACAACGGGCACGGCGAUCCUAACCCCGUCCCCUACGCGCUGAUUGGCGCGCCUGUCCCCGUCGACGCCUUCCAAAUCUCCGAUCGUAGCGUCUACGGAGUACCUGCCCGCGACCCGCUGCCCACCGUGCCGGAUUUGGCCGUGUUCCUGGGCGAGCUUGGACCCAUCCUGGCUGCUGUGCGCCCAGGUAUCCUCUACAACAGUACUUUGCCCGUCGCUCGUCACUUUCCCUCAAGCCCACCCCCCCAGAAAAUGACCAGUACCGUGUACAACCAGCCAGGCGCCAGAGGCCGAUUGGAGAAGGAACGACCGCUAGGCUCGUAA